AUGGGAAAAGUAGUGUUAGUAAUUCUAGGUGUAGCGUUAUUCGCUCUCUUCGAUCAAAGCUGUGCCUUCAAGAACGAAGAAAAAGAAGCAUUAGAUCAAGCCCUCGCAGCUUCCCAUCAUGGGCAUGGACAUCAUGGAUCCGGUGGCGGGCACGGACACCAUCAUGAAUCCGGUGGCGGUCAUGAUAGUCACGGACAUCAUCACGAAAGCCAUGGAGGCAAAGGCGACAAGGGAUAUCACACCGAUCAUCAUUAUGACAAAGGUCACCACGGCGGACACGGUGAACAUCACUCAGCAGGACAUCAUGGAGCCCAUGGAGGUCAUCAUCAUUCACACCACGGAGGUGGAGGUCAUCAUUCGUCUCACUUUUCCCAUGGAGGUCACCACAAGGGAGGAAAAUUCGGUAGCGAGCACGGUCACAAGAAAGGACAGCAAACUAAAGGUUAUCACCUCAAAGGACACAAAGACGAACACCACAAGGACCACGAGUUCUAUGACGACGCCCACAAAGGAGGACAUCACUCUAAACACGGUCACCAUCAUGGAUACCACGGUUCAAAAGCUGGUCACCACAAGAAAGGAGGUUCCCACGAAUCAGGGCAUCACGGUGGACAUCACGGUAAGAAAGGAUACGGUCACCACGGUCACCACGAUGAAGAUCAUCACGGAUACGAAGGGCACGGCGGACAUGAACACCACCACUCCCACCACUCCGAACAUGGUAAUAAAGGUGGACACGACGGACACAAAUCGCACGGAUUCUCUUCAAAACAUUAA